UCAAAUUUUGACGUUAUCGGUUUUUGAAGACUAUAUUUUGGAGUUUUGACAGCAGUGUGAAGUUUCACUCGUCAAAAUUCAUUAUUUCUAAACAGGGCUUAAAAAUGUCUUUAGCCAAAAUAUUUUCGGUAUCUACGCGAGUGCGGGCUUGCGGCGCGCUGAGCCGCGCGUGCAGCACGCCGGCGGGCAAGGCGGCGGGCGAGUACCCGCUGCAGGAGAAGGGCUACAUGUACGUGAACCCGGACCCGCAGGACAUGUCCUUCAAGGCGCUCUCCGACAAGGCUGCGCAGACCAUGUUCUGGACGGAGCUGGCGAGAGGGUUCGCUGUCACAUUGGCUCAUAUAUUUAAGGAACCUGCAACCAUCAACUACCCGUUCGAAAAGGGGCCGCUGUCCCCGCGCUUCAGAGGGGAACACGCGCUGCGCCGCUACCCGUCCGGCGAGGAGCGCUGCAUCGCCUGCAAGCUGUGCGAGGCCAUCUGUCCCGCACAGGCUAUCACAAUCGAGGCGGAGGAGCGCGCGGACGGCUCCAGGCGUACGACGCGAUACGAUAUCGACAUGACCAAGUGCAUCUACUGUGGCUUCUGUCAGGAGGCGUGCCCGGUGGACGCCAUCGUGGAGGGCCCCAACUUCGAGUUCUCGACGGAGACGCACGAGGAGCUGCUCUACAACAAGGAGAAGCUGCUGCUCAACGGCGACAAGUGGGAGGCCGAGAUCGCCUCCAACAUCAGAGCCGACCACCUCUACCGCUGAACACACCAUCCCUACUCUAAUCUAAUAGCUGCGGGGGCUGUUUUGCACUGAGCUUCUGUCAAUCUGUGCUCCGAAGGUUUAAAGGGACUGUACUUAUAUAAUCAAGCAUAGAAGAUGGUUACCAUGGUAACAGGGAAAUCAGACGUAGUUGAAUUAUUUGUUUGAAUAUACCCUGGAAAGCUGUUGUGGCAGCUUUUGUCAAUAUGUAAAUAGUUAGGUUUAGCGCAAAAUAGCCCUUGAUUAUAGGAAUAUUAAGUUAUUCUUUUGUGAUAAUAAAUCAAUAUCUCAGUUAAUACUGUUA